UGAUCCUCACCUACCCUCCAACAUGGCCGACGGUGAGUUGGUUCCUCUCGCUUCAGCAAGAGACGACGACCAGCGCGACUUUCCAUCAACACACGAAGGUUCCGCCCAGCAUCUCCCCACGCCUGCCCCCCGUCCCUAUUACCCUCAGAAUCCACAAUACAUGCGUUCGCAGUACCGUCCCGACAACAAUUUUGUGUAUCCUUCCAGACAGGGAGGUGUGGUGACCGUUCAGCCGGUUCCGAUCGCUUCCUUCAAUGAGGCGUCGUCAGCCACCCUGCAGCGCAUGUACGCGAGCAAUCCUGCAGCCACUGCCGAGCUCAACGGCGUGAUGAUCAAUUUGGUGGGCGAAAUGGAAGUGAGAGCGACUCAGGACGUCAGUCGAAUUGCGACAAACUUGGAUGUCGAUGGUUUGGUCAACACUAUGCUUUUGCCCGAGGAAGAGGUCGCUGCUGGUAAUGAUCAGCACCUUGAGUAUGUGAGCGCUUCGAUUCGAAACGAGGGCGGAGCACUUCAGCAGGAGCUUCCCAAAGGGAAAUUGAUACUUACGAACAAGCGGAUUCUGUUUGUUUCGUGCGGGACAAUUCGUGAAUCAACUCUGAAACAUGAUGGUCGAAAGGAAACUUGCACGGAGUAUACCAUGUUGGCUAUGGCUGCAGAUGUGGUUAGUUUCUUUCCAAUUGCCCUUCAAAACACGAGAAGUGUCAUGUUCUAUGCCGACUCAACAAGCAAGUGGACAUCGCAAAUCAAUGGUGUAAUGUCCUGCUUGUCCAUGUGUGCUCAGAACGAACAAGUAACACAGUGGCAAGCUAAGAUGAUCACCAAGAGCAACGUUGAGCCGCGUCGAUUUGUCCGUGUGGGGGCCAUUCUCCCACCAUUCAACAAGCCUGUGAUUAUCGAUGUCCACUUGGAGCCUGCAUUCUCUCUACAUACUGCAACGAAAUUUGCAGCAAAGUUGCAGCUCUGUGUACCGGAUUCUAGCUAAAGCAACGUAGUACUCUGUUGCUGAGCGUAGAUACCUAGAAAAACUGUUACUGCAAAGUGCGUAGUUAGUAUCAAAUGUUUAGUUAGAUGUGA